GCCGACUUCCUCGUUUGGUCGGAAUUGUGGACGGAGCAGAAGAUAUCUUGGUGCUGUAUCAACGCUGGAAGGGCAUGCGCGGGACUCGCCGAUGAGGCGGCAGCGACUCGAAAGGCCACCCGCGCGGGGACCACGGCUACCAUGACCACAUCGUCGGUCACUGUCCAGAUGAGCUUCGAGCUGUUCCUGCCAGAAAACGAGUCCGAAGCGCCCGCCGACCGCGCGUCCACCACCAGCUCGACGAAGAGGCCAGCGCAUCCUAAGGGAAGCUAUGUCUCCAUGGCGGCUGCUUCACAAUUC